AUGGUUGCUCGACAACCCCAGCCAUCAUUCGAGGAUGAGUCCCUUGCCUUCUUCCUGCAAGAGUACUGCAUCCAACCGGCGGCGGGCGUCAUUGGGGGGCAUCUGGAAUUCCUAGAGGGCAUGUACAAGGACGCAAGUCGGUCCUCGUGCAUACGUCCGGCCACUCUGGCUAUAGCUUACAUGGCUCUUUCUCGGCACUACAAAUCCUCGACGCUGUACGUUGCGGCGAGGAGCCACUAUGGAGCUGCCCUACGCACCGUCAAUAGAGAUCUCUCUGUAUCUAAGCGGCCCCUGAAGGACGAGACCUUGGUGUCGUUAAUGCUCAUGGGUAUGAUUGAGGAUAUCGAAUGCCAAGGACAAACAACAAAGGCCGUGCACAUGGCAGGUAUUUCCAACUUGGGUACUGAGACAGCAACCAAGCAACUCCCCUCCCUCGUAGCCAAGGAAAAUAUGCAAUGCCUGGCCAUUCCUGAUGCACAACUGAACACCAAGAGACAUGUCGUACGCUUGGCCCUGGUGGUGACUCGCAUUGGCCAGUUUUACCGGGCCUCGAGGCAAAUCACAGCUGCCGAUUCAGCAUUGACUCCAAUCGCGCAGCAAGUUCAGCUCGUGUCGCUGAUCAAACAAGCCUUGGCAAUCGCCGGGGAGCUGGCCAUGAUCCAAAAAGACGCCAUGCCUGCGAAACUCAGACCGCACGAGACGACGGACAAACGGCCUGCGAACCCGGCCAAUCAGUCUCUCAUCAGCUUCAAUUCGCAAUGGACCGCGUCGAGGUGGAGUCAGUUUGCUUUGUAUCUGAUACUCUUCUUUGAGAGACUGUCCAAGUGCUCAGACGCACUGUUGCAGUUGCAGCUGGAAGUGAUAGGUGACGAGGAUAAACAAUUGGCCCGGGCCGCCGGGGCCAUCUCCGAGGGGCAGAUCAAAACCAUGAUCCAUAAGCUUUGCAGUGGCCUGCCUUAUUUAAUGGGUGAGGUCGAUAAGCAGGGGCGGCCUCUCUCGGUACCGGAGCGGCAAAGCGUGAUUAUGUACCAUCUCGUUUGGCCACUCUCGGUCGUCAUUGUGAGCUCUCAUAGCACCCUGGAACAAGUAGAGGACGCGCAAACGAGGCUGAAUGCAAUCAGGGAUAUGUACGGCAUUAGACUCGCUUAUUUUGCCCCGGGUUUAGCAAGGGAUUUGAUGGCUUAG